GCGGCGGAGCGGCCCUCCCCGGGGCGCAGCCUUCCAGGGACGCGGGGGUCCCCGGCUCCGAGGCCCAAGGCUCGGCUCCCCGGCCGCUGGUCUGCGGAGCGCCUCCCCGCGAGCUGCCACGCCCUGGGCCCCGGGCCUCCGCGGCUGCUCCCGGCCGGCUCUCGAGGCUCCGGGCGGAGGGACCUGGGCCACUUGGAGGGACGCCAGUGCGCGUGGCGGGCCAGGUCGCCGCCCCUGCGAUCCGUUCUGUCCUGCCCCCGGGCGCUGUAAGCUUCGGGGGGUGGCCUGGUUGUCACCGUGCGCCAAGGAGAAGCUGGGACUAGUGUCAGCACGCUGGUGGACCCACAGCAGGCCCGGAGGAUCGCACAGUCCUGGCGGGAAAAGGGCCGGUGGUGGUCCCCUGGGUAACAAAGGACAGACAGUGGUUUAGCCUGCUGGAGAAGAUGGAUGACAGAUCUGCGCCAGUCCCGAUGCAGGGCAAAGAUGGGAUGUUAGCUGGAGCAGCUCUCAUGUGCCCUUCGGCCCACUCAUCUUCUACCCAGCACGUAGAGGCAGCAGGCUUCCAUUCCCAUCAGGCUUGGAUGAAAGCCCUUCUCCCUGACGUCUCAGAACACACCUGACUCUGGUUCAGCAGCAGCCAGCUGGGACUUCAGGCGCAGAGCUGAGACACGGCAGCGAAAUGACGAUGACAUCAACUGAAGUGUGUUGAAGUGGUGGACACUCACCCAGCCUUUGCUCCCUCCAUCUUGUUGAACCUGUGCCUUCCAUACUUCUGAGCUGCUGUGGAUGGCUCCGGCUGGCUUGACUACUCUUCCCAAUAGGAUGUCACUGAGAUCGCUCAAAUGGAGCCUCCUGCUGCUGUCCCUGCUGAGCUUCCUGGUGAUGUGGUACCUCAGUCUUCCCCACUACAAUGUCAUUGAGCGUGUGAACUGGAUGUACUUUUAUGAGUACGAGCCAAUUUACAGACAAGACUUUCGCUUCACACUGCGGGAACAUUCCAACUGCUCUCAUCAGAACCCAUUCCUGGUCAUCCUGGUGACCUCGCAUCCCUCAGAUGUGAAAGCCAGACAAGCAAUUAGAGUUACUUGGGGUGAAAAAAAGGCCUGGUGGGGAUAUGAGGUUCUUACUUUUUUCUUAUUAGGCCAGCAGGCUGAAAAGGAAGACAAAAUGUUAGCGCUGUCCUUAGAAGAUGAGCACCUUCUCUAUGGCGAUAUUAUACGGCAGGAUUUUUUAGACACAUACAAUAACUUGACCUUGAAAACCAUUAUGGCUUUCAGGUGGGUGAUUGAAUUUUGCCCCAAUGCCAGGUACGUCAUGAAAACAGACACUGACGUUUUCAUCAACACCGGCAAUUUAGUCAAGUACCUUUUGAACCUAAACCACUCAGAGCAGUUUUUCACAGGUUAUCCCCUAAUUGAUAACUACUCCUAUAGAGGGUUUUUCCAGAAAAACCAUAUUUCGUAUCAGGAGUACCCUUUCAAGGUGUUUCCCCCCUACUGCAGUGGGCUGGGCUACAUUAUGUCUGGUGACCUAGUGCCAAGGAUCUAUGAAAUGAUGAGUCACGUGAAACCCAUCAAGUUUGAAGAUGUUUAUGUGGGGAUCUGUUUGAAUUUGUUAAAAGUGGACAUUCAUAUUCCGGAAGACACAAAUCUUUUCUUUCUUUAUAGAAUCCACUUGGAUGUGUGUCAGCUCAGACGGGUGAUUGCAGCCCAUGGCUUUUCUUCCAAGGAGAUCAUCACAUUUUGGCAGGUUAUGCUGAGGAACACUACAUGCCAUUACUAAGGCCGUACUUCAUACUUCUAGGGGAGGGAGGAUGCUUUGGAGAGCGGGUCAGAAUUCAGUGUGCUGGAUUCCUAACUGAGACUCAUAGAGCAUGCCGAGACUGGAGCUCCAAGGCAUAAACUUACAAGUGAUUUGUUUUCACAAAAUCUAACUUGAUCCUUUAAAUGUGAUGGAGGGGUUCAACAUACAGCAGACGAAGGGUUCUGCUAGGAAGUCAAAGGAACAAGCAGUCUGGAUGACUCAGUUUAUAGAUGAGAAUCUCGUAAGAUUUCCCUGAAAGAAAAGCUAACUAACCCACAGCAACAAAACAGUAUGGAGUUGUAUUUAUUAGAUAGUCUAGUCACAUAAUGGUUCAGUGUGUAUCUUAGGUGGUUGUUAUUAAGAUAUAUAUAUAUAUAUAUAUAUAUAUAUAUAUAUAUACACAUACAUAUAUAUUUCUUGUAGAAAGCUUUAAAGAAGUUAUACUGAAGAAAAUUUUAUUUGUAUUGUUUUCAUUCACAAAAUACUUGACAAUGUGGUAUUUCAGAGUUAUCAAAUAGUAUUUAAUGUUACUUCAGUUUUCUAAGUGUUUAAAGGUUAUGGUGGCUUCAGUAUUAUUAUAUAGUGAAUCACCUUUCAUAUUUGAGUUUUAUUUUCCCCACUGAUCAGUUUAACUUUGAAAGUCCCAUUAAUGUGACAUCAUAGCUUAUUACUGACUGUCAGUAAUCUGUUGAACUUCGUUGCAUAUUUUAUUGUAUGGAGAAUUAAAGCAAGAGAAUUCGA